CAGAUGCUCUGUGUUACCUGCGAUAAUGCCACUAACAACACUGUGAUGGUGGAGAAUCUUGCAGAGGCUCUUCCCUCCUUCUCUGGGAGGGCAAAUCAUAUGAGGUGUUUCUUGCAUACCAUUAACCUGGUGGCAAAGUCACUCCUCAAGGAGUUCAAUAUGAUGAAGAGAGAGGCGACUCAGGCGCUUGAUAACAAUGUUGGCAGCAAGAGUGGAGAAAGCGAGAAUGAAAUGGAGAACCUGCCUACAGACAGCUAUGCUGCUGAGGGUGCAGAGGACGACAGUCUGCUGGGAGACAAUGAUGAGGGGUGGAUUGAUGAAGUGGAGUUGCUGUCUGAGUGUGAGCACAAGCAGCUAUGGCAACAAAUACUUCCAGUAAAAUUAGUGUUGGUGAAGGUAAGUAAAAAAAAAACAUUGCACACCUUGAUAACUAACAGCACCAUCUCAUGCAGCUGUGCAAGGUUGCAUUCAAACUCAUACACUCCACCACCAUUCUCCUUCCUGCCUGGCACAAGGCACUCCAUUUGUUGA